AUGUCGUCGGAAAGAGUGACACACCUGACGAAUACGGAUGAAUAUGCCGGCACUUUGAGGAUCAGACCAGACCAGACUCAAGCCUCGCCCAGGCUUCUCGCGCCACGUCCAUGUCCAUGUCCACGUACUCCGUACAAGACCAGAAAUUGCAACCAGGGAAGAAAAAAAAGGACAUUGAAGAGGGCCAAUUCAAGUUGUCAGAAGUGCAUAGAGCGUCCCUUUGAGCAUGCCAGUGCGGUUACCCAAGGUACGUGCCAGAUCUCGGAUUGUGCUGCCGUUUGUAUUCCACGAGAUGCGUUCUGUAUGACCUCCGAGGUACUGCGCUGGGCCAAAGCGUCUGUUCUGGUCGGACAGUCCUGUACAUUCAAAGAGUUAGUGCAAUUAUCGGCACUGAGGAUCGAGUGA